CCGGGUCGCGGGUCAGCUGCUCCGGGCCUGAAGUGGCUUCUGAGCCUGGGGACCAUAAGUCAGAGGGACUUCAUCCCCGAAGAGAAUUAGUGCAGAAGACAGAGCAAGGAGGAGCCAUGGACCCUGUGAGCCAGCUGGCCUCGGCGGGCACCUUUCGGGCAUUGAAGGAACCCCUUGCCUUUUUGCGAGCCUUGGAGUUGCUUUUUGCAAUCUUUGCAUUUGCAACAUGUGGCGGCUAUUCAGGAGGCCUGCGGCUGAGUGUGGACUGCGUCAACAAGACAGAGAGUAAUCUCAGCAUUGACAUAGCCUUUGCCUACCCGUUCAGGUUGCACCAGGUGACCUUUGAAGUGCCCACCUGUGCGGGGAAGGAACGGCAGAAGCUGGCACUGGUUGGCGACUCCUCAUCCUCAGCAGAGUUCUUCGUCACUGUGGCUGUGUUCGCCUUUCUCUACUCUCUGGCUGCCACUGUCGUGUACAUUUUCUUCCAGAACAAGUACCGCGAAAACAACCGUGGCCCACUCAUUGACUUUAUCGUCACUGUAGUCUUUUCAUUCUUGUGGUUGGUGGGCUCAUCUGCUUGGGCAAAAGGACUGUCUGAUGUCAAAGUGGCAACAGAUCCCAAGGAAGUCUUGUUACUGAUGUCAGCUUGCAAGCAGCCCUCCAACAAAUGCAUGGCUGUCCACAGCCCUGUCAUGUCCAGCUUAAACACAUCUGUGGUCUUUGGGUUUUUGAACUUCAUCCUCUGGGCUGGAAACAUUUGGUUUGUUUUCAAGGAGACUGGCUGGCAUUCCUCGGGACAGAGAUACCUUUCAGACCCCAUGGAGAAGCACUCCAGCAGCUAUAAUCAAGGUGGCUAUAACCAAGACAGCUAUGGGUCAAGUGGUGGGUACAGCCAGCAGGCGAGUCUGGGGCCAUCUUCUGAAGAGUAUGGCCAACAGCCUACUGGCCCCACUUCCUUUAACAAUCAGAUAUAAAUGAGUGUCACCCAAAUUCCCCUGGCGAGAGCCUCACCACCUUCCAUUUCAGUAGCAGAAGAAUUUUUCUAAGAGUUUCCAUCAAUUAUUAAUGCAAACAAUGUUGAAUGCAAAUCAGAGCUCUGUAGUCCUCAUUAAUGCAGAAAGGCCUGGGUGGUGAUAAGUGGUACUUAGAGAUGAGAUGCCAGGAGGAGAUACAUUAUUCAUUACAGAUGGUAACCAGGAAGUACCUUGUUAAAUGCACAGAUACUUUUAUGGUCAUUUUGUAUGUGUAUUGAAAAAAGUAGAAGCAUUUUGUAGCUUAAAGUCUCUAGUACGUAAUAUGCAUAAAGUAACUUAAAUAGUAUUGAGUUUUCCUAUGCGUUUUGAUGCAACAGAGAUUUUAAUGGUUUCUAGAAGACUAUUUGAUGAAUUACAACAUCAUGCAUGUGUUAAUAUUUUUUAGUUUAGGCCCUUUAGGACUGUAAACCUGUUUUAGAUAAUUAUUCUGUACUGUUUUCACUUGAUGAAACAAUGUUUAUAUGAUUUAAUGCAUGAACAAGCAUUUUCUCAUACUAUAAACAUUUGACUGUAUUCUGGAGAGUUUUCAGUUUGCAUCAUAAGCUUGUUAAGCAGGUGUUUACAGACAUGUAUGUACUACUUUGUAGACUCUGCAAGGUUUGUCUCUCUGACUUUACCCAUGUUCUGAACGUGUUUCAGCUAAGGUCUGGGAGCCUUCCCUAUGUAGACAAUCUGUGUUCUGUAUGGUAACUGCCAAGUAUUUAUCCGAUUUACUUAAGGAAAUAUUUACAUUCUUGUAACUUUCUAUGGUGUUUUGUGGCUCUUAUCCUGUGAGCCAUGACUGAUAAGGCCCAAUGACCCUGUGCUUAUAGUGUGGCAUUUUCUUAGCAUCCAAAGAUGCAGAUUUAGACACCAUAGUUUAAAUACUAAGAAAUGUGCUCUGUAGUCCUGUGUGACCAGUCAAAUGUUUAAUUUUGUUUAUUUUUAAAUCUAGUAUGUUGUUGAAUAUAACUAUUAGAAAUCUCAAGUUAUACCUGAACAGAAUUACUAAUGUAGAUUUGUGUAUGCAAAAAUUAAGAAUGGCUUCCCUAUGCUACUCUAGCCCAUAAAGGGUUCUCAUGAAAGAUGGUCCAGAGCAUAUUCAUUAUCUAGAAGAUGCCAAUCUUCAUUCCAUCAUCUUAACACAACUGAAACAACAGGGCCCAACAAGAAGGGCAAGCUAAGAAUCUGUGUUUCUAGAUAAAGUUGUAACUGAUGUACAGAUUGUUUGUGUGAUCCAUGAUGCUGCAAACAGUUUAGCACAAAAUAGCCUGUGUCUUGAAUACUGUCUGUAACCAGUUCCUUAAAUCCUGCUGGGUAAAUCUGUAUUGUGAUAUCUCUUUGACCUCAAUAAAGUUGUUGCAUACAAUCU